AUGUGCAAACUCCGAGCAAUUCGGGGAUCAACUGGUUCAUCACCGUCAUACGGUUUGGCCGAUGCUGCGGAAGCAAUUUCGCUGGCGUUUCAACGAGUCUUCCCUUCCGCUGUCAGGCUAAUGUGCUGGUUCCACAUGAACAAAGCCGCAGAAAAAAAGACGAAACAGUUCAACAAAGCCGUCGCCCAAAACAUCAAGGACAACAUCUUCAUGCUCCACAAUGCCCUAAAUGUCAGUCAAUUCAGAAACGGUAAGAUUUUAACCUUUUUGUUCCAUGUUUAGGUGGCUACAUUAAUAUGCCUUUAAUUGUAGUUGGAUUGCUGAUGUCGCAGUCUUGGUUGGACUCUGGAAUAGACCCCAACUUCGUGGAGUAUUUCAAAACGGAAUGGCUCUACUCGGAAGUCUUUCGGUGGUUUGAAGGUGCCAGCCCUUUUCCAAGCACCAAUAAUGGAGUGGAAUCUCAAAAUAACCAGAUAAAGAGUCAACAUUCGUUCCGAGAAAGACUGAACUUUCAUGAAUUUGUCACCUGGGCUACCGAUAUGAUUAAGCUAGACUGGUCAAAACACCAUCCCGAUCCUUCUCAAAUCGAACAGAAGACUCCACCACACAUCUAUGCCUCAGCGUUUGCCAUGAAGCGCAAUAAUAGGCCAGUUUUCAUCAUCCAGAAUAACGAAAUCUAUGCGAUGCCUUCAUCCGAACACCUUGCUCUUGACGCCAGGACCGUAAAGCAAAUCUACCGGAAGAUCACAGGAGAUAUCUUCGAAAGUUUUGCAGACUAUGCGGAAAACAGAUUUAAAGUAAGUCUUUUGGAUUUGGAAUAAUCCGAAAUAAUUUUAGGUUUUUAUCGUCUCAAAAUCUGGUAUGCGCUUUACAUGCACAUGCCCCGAAGGUACCAAGAAGAACCGAUGUAAGCAUGCAGUCUUCAUCGAAUGCAAGCUCAACUUGGCGCAGUAUCCCCCAGAUGCCAUGGCAAAUCAACUUCAACCAAAGAAGAAGAGAGGCCGUCCACGGAAAGCAAUAACGCAAAGUCAAGCUUCAAGAUCCAGAGUACAACUUCAGUCCCAGUUAUCAGCUUCCUCGCCAAGACGACUUCAACAUGAUGCACCCUCGACAUCCACAGGAUUUGGAUUUUCCGUAUUCUCCGUUGAACCCUCAUGA